GGCUUCAGCGGCGACGUCGUGCGCUUCCACGCGGAGUUGGGCCGCGAGGCGCUGCGCCAGAUGGUGCUGGAGGGCCGCGGCCUGGCCUGGGAGCGCCGUCGGCGCCGGCUGCCGAGGGAUCUCGGCGCGCACCUGGGCGGGGAGCCGCGCUCGAUGGUGGAGUGGCACGGCGACGAGUGCGGGCUGGACGCUGGCGUGCUGGAGGCGGCGAGGCGCAGGCUGCGUGGCAAGCGGCCGCUGGCCGCGGGUGCGCGGGCGCCCGAGGAUGCGGACACCGUGCUGCUGGUGGCUGAGCUGCAUGCUGGCGGCGGCCUGGAGCUAGGCGACGGGGUCAUUUUUGGGGGCGCCGACGUCGCUCAGGGGUCGAAGGUGAUCGGUCGGCGGACGGACGGGCGCCCCGUGCUCUGCGAGCGAGUGGGGAUCUCCGCCGUGGACCGAGGCCUUGCCGACCUUCGCGUGGCCCUGCGAGAGGCGCCGCGCGGCGAGGUGGAGGGCGCCGCUACUGGCCCAGAGGAUGUCAGGACGCUCGCCGUGGACUGGAAUGAGCAGGGCGCCCGCGUCGAAAGUGGCGGCGCGCAGUCGGCGAGAGCAGCGAUGGGGGCCCUAGGUGGCUGCGAGCUGCGCGGAGCUGGGACGGCUCUCCACUUGCGCCAGAGGUUCGCGCAGCACGGCGGCGACUCGAAGACGUUGAUGUCCAACUUCUGCCAGGGGUGCAGCAUCAGCCAGCGGGGCCGGACAUAUCACGAGCUGAAUUGUCUGGUCGCUAUCUUCUGGUUGGCUGGGACGUUCGAUGCGGUGAACCUCGGCGGCUUGGCGUGCCUCGAGGUGGCGGCCAGCCAUGUGGCGCAGAUCACCGAG